AUGGCAUUUAGCGGGAGAGUUCUUGAUAUAUUGGAUGAGAUUUGGAAAGAAGUUGACUUCAAGAGUCUUGGAAUUCCUGUUAGCGAGAAGAUAAAAGUUAUAGUAACAUCUCAGUCCCCUUGUGUUUGCAGCAACAUGGGAGCUAAAAUUGUUGGGGUUAAUGCCUUGCCUGAGGAAGAAGCACGUUAUCUUUUAAAAGCGGUUGCAGGAAUUUCUGAUGAUUCCGUUUUGAGUGAUGUUGCAAAACAGUUUGCAGAGGAAUGCAAAGGUAUACCUCUCGCGCUCGUUGUUGUCGCCAGGGGAUUAAGGACUAACUGCAAAACACCAAAAUCCUGGGAACUGGCCCUUGGACAGCUUUUGUUUCCAGAAGAUUAUAGCAUUCCAGUUGAAUGUUUGGUCAGGUACGGCAAAGGGCUAGAAUUGUUCAACGAGAGAGAGACGUUAGGUGAUGUAAGGUGCAGAGUAGAUGUGCUUGUUAAUGACCUCAGGAGUUACCAUUUGGUGCUGGAUGAUAGUGAAAGAGAAGACCAUGUAAAAUUGCAUGAUGUCGUGGGAGAAACUUGCUUGAAAAUUGCAUCAAAAGGCGAGCAUGUAUUUUUGGUAGGGAAUGCUGGACAGGAAGAAAGGCACCAACUACCGGAUUCAUUUUGUCCUUGCACGGCUAUUUCACUAACAUUAGAAGGUUCCAUUAGACUAUUUCCAUUUGGCGAGGAAUGUCCAAGGCUUAAGCUAUUGCGUUUGGUAUUCCAAUCAGGCAAAGUGAACCUAUCAAAAGAUGCUUUCGUAGGAAUGGAAGAUCUCACGGUCAUGGAGUUAAACAAUUUACACACAGAAUUUUCGCUAUCAUGGCCAAGCCAAAUGUUAACGAGCCUUCGGACAUUGUGCCUGGAUUAUUGUGUAUUGGGCAUUGAAACGUCAUCAAUGCUUGGAUACAUGAUGCAAUUGGAAAUGUUGAGCUUCUUUAAAUCCAGACUUCAGGAUGAUCAGUUUCAGUGGAGAUUGCUCGGUUGA